UCAGUCUAACAGAGAGACCAGGAGUACACCAGGAGUACUACUGCAGAGUUGAAGCAUCACCUGGACACGAUGCACACUUUGCUCUUGCUGUUUCUCUGUGGCCUGGUAACCACCCUUGCUCAGGAACCUGACCACCCUCAUGGCUGCACUCAUGGAAGUUGUUAUCCAGCAACUGGUGACCUCCUGGUGGGUCGAGAGAGGAAUCUAAAAGCCUCAUCCACCUGUGGCCUUACUAAAAGAGAACCCUACUGCAUCGUCAGUCACCUGCAGGAAGAGAAGAAAUGUUUCAAUUGUGAUUCACGUCGGCCGUACAACUCUAUGUACAACAUCAUCAGUCACCGUAUUGAGAACGUCAUCACCACCUUCAGACCAGACCGCAAGAAGUGCUGGUGGCAGUCUGAGAACGGAAAGUCUGAUGUUUACAUUCAGUUGGACCUGGAAGCAGAGUUUCACUUCACUCACCUCAUCAUGACCUUUAAGACGUUCCGUCCCGCAGCCAUGGUGAUCGAGCGCUCUUCAGAUUUCGGACGUACCUGGCAGGUGUACCGUUACUUGGCCUACGACUGUUCGGCGGUCUUUCCUGACGUAUCUCAGGGCCCGCUGCGUAGCGUCGACGACCUCAUCUGUGAGACACGUUAUUCAGAUAUCGAGCCGUCCACUGAGGGAGAGGUGAUCUUUCGAGUUCUGGACCCUGCUAUUCGAAUUGCAGAUCCCUACAGUCCUCGCAUUCAAAACCAGCUGAGAAUCACCAACUUGCGAGUGAACUUCACAAAGCUACACACUCUCGGUGAUAACCUGCUGGAUUCGCGGCUGGAGAUCAAAGAGAAGUACUACUACGCCAUGUAUGAGCUGGUUGUCAGGGGCAACUGCUUCUGCUACGGCCACGCUUCUGAGUGUGCCCCCAUCGAAGGCGUAGCGCACGACAUCGAGGGCACGGUGCAUGGAAGGUGUGUGUGCAAGCACAAUACCAAAGGGUUGAACUGUGAGCAGUGUGAUGAUUUCUACAAGGAUCUGCCAUGGAAACCAGCUGAGGGUCGCAACUCUAAUGCCUGCAAGAAGUGCAACUGUAACGGUCAUUCCAACAAGUGUCACUUUGACAUGGCGGUGUAUCUGUCCACGGGGAACGUCAGCGGAGGCGUGUGUGAUGACUGUCUUCACAACACCAUGGGACGUAACUGUGAAACCUGCAAACCCUUCUUCUACAAAGAUCCGACCAGAGACAUCCGAGACCCUCGGGUUUGUGUUGCUUGUGACUGUGACCAAGACGGCUCUCUGAACGGUGGUAUGUGCGAUGGGCACGACGACCCCUCUGUGGGCAUGAUCGCCGGCCAGUGCCGCUGUAAGAGGAAUGUUGAAGGCCCUCGCUGUGACAGGUGCAAGUCUGGCUACUUUGGCCUGAGUGCUGAUGACCCUGAAGGCUGCCAGCCAUGUAGGUGUGACCCCAGAGGAACAGUUUCUGGCAGUUCCCAGUGUGAUCCUGUCCGAGGAGACUGCUUCUGCAAACGUAUGGUCACAGGGCGCACCUGCAACCAGUGUCUGCCAGAGCACUGGGGUUUAAGCCAUGAUGCCAGUGGCUGUAGAGAAUGUGAGUGUGAUGUAGGUGGAGCUGUAGAUGAACAAUGCUCAAUGGAAUCAGGUCAAUGUCGCUGCCGCAAUCACAUGAUCGGCCGCCAGUGCAAUCAGGUGGAGUCUGGGUAUUUCUUCAUGGCCCUGGACCACUAUCUCUAUGAGGCUGAAUUAGCCAAACUGGGUCAGGGUUGCACUGUGGAAGAGAGAGAGCACCAGCCAGGACGUCCAGUCUCUUGGACUGGCACCGGGUUUGCACAGGUUCCUGAAGGAGGCACUCUGGAAUUUUACAUCACCAACAUCCCUUACUCUAUGGAGUACGAUGUUCUUAUUCGUUACGAGCCUCAGAUGCCACAAGACUGGGACGAGGUAGGAAUAAAGGUGGUUAGGCCUGGUCCAAUUCCCACCAGCAGUCCGUGUGGAAACACAAUCCCAGCAGAUGAUCUGAUGACCGUUUCCCUGCCCUCUGGAUCCAGGUUUAUUGUUUUUCCUCAUUCUGUGUGUCUGGAAAGAGGAGUGAGCUAUACUCUCUAUCUGGAGUUUGUCCGAUAUUCAAACAUCAUUACCAGCUCCAGCAAUGCAAACAUCCUCAUAGACUCUAUCGCCCUUCUUCCUCGUUACACAUCUUUGGACAUGUUUGUAGCAGGCGACCCUGCGUCUAACGCCCGAAAGCAGAGUUACGAGCGCUACCGAUGCCACGAAACUGCCAAGAGUGUGUCCCGCCCAGCAAUGAGUGACGUGUGUGCCAAACUCAUCAUGAGCAUUUCUGCCAUCGUUAAUGAUGGAGCGUUAUCUUGUCAGUGUGACCCACAAGGUGCGAUCAGCUCUGUGUGUGAUGUACGUGGAGGUCAGUGCCCCUGUCGGCCCAAUGCGGUCGGGCGGCGAUGUGACAGGUGCGCUCCAGGCAGCUAUGGCUUUGGACCUGGAGGAUGCAGAGCAUGUGAGUGCAGUAAGGAGGGCUCUCACAGUCAGUUCUGUGAUCAGAACACAGGACAGUGUUUAUGCCUGCCAGGAGCGUUCGGUCAGUGCUGUGAUGGCUGUCAGGCCGGACACUGGGGCUUCCCUAACUGCAAGCCAUGCCAGUGUAAUGGACAUGCAGAGGAGUGCCAUCAAAGAACUGGUUCCUGCAUCAAUUGCAGAAGUAACACUGCAGGGGACAAUUGUGAAAAGUGUGCAGCUGGAUACUAUGGAAACCCAUUACUGGGCUCAGGAAGCAGGUGCCAGCCCUGUCCUUGUCCAGAUGGCCCAAACAGUGGGCGUCACUUCGCUGCCUCCUGCCACCAAGACACCUACAACAGACAGGUGGUCUGCAACUGUAAACAGGGCUACACAGGUGCGCGCUGUGAAGAAUGUGCUCCUGGUUACUACGGUAAUCCCUCCCAGCCCGGUGGACGAUGCCAGCCAUGCCGCUGUAGUAAUAACAUCGACCUGUCAGACCCCGAGGCAUGUGACAAGAGGACAGGGCAGUGUCUGAAGUGUCUCUACAACACAGAGGGACCGGAUUGUGGGGUGUGCAAGAGUGGAUACUAUGGGGAUGCCUCUAGACGCAACUGCAGAAAAUGCACUUGCAACUUUCUGGGAACAGAGCGCAGUCAGUGUCUAUCCAGAGAUGACUGUCUGUGUCAGCGUGCCGCAGGACAGUGUCAGUGUCUUCCAAAUGUUAUCGGACUCACCUGUGACCACUGCGCACCCAACUACUGGAACCUGGCCAGUGGCCAAGGCUGUCAACCCUGCGACUGUGAGCCCAACCACGCCUACAUGUCUGCCUGCAAUGAGUUCACAGGUCAGUGUCAGUGCCGUGAUGGAUUUGGUGGAAAGACGUGCAGGGACUGUCAGGAGAACUUCUGGGGUGAUCCUAGAAUCCAAUGCAGAGUGUGUGAAUGUGAUCCUCGAGGAAUCGAGUCUACUCAGUGCAACCGCGUGACAGGUCACUGUUCAUGUCGGCAAGGUGUGUCAGGUGUCCGCUGCGACCAGUGCGCCCGUGGCUUCUCAGGCACUUUCCCAGCUUGCCAGCCUUGCCACCACUGCUUUGGAGACUGGGAUCGCAUUGUCCAAGAUUUAGCAGCUAGGACUAAGGCACUUGCAACUCGUGCCCAGGAGAUCCAGACCACAGGCCUGACUGGCGCCUAUGAGAAGCAUUUUAAUAAGUUGGAGGAGAAAUUGAAACAAGCACGGGAUAUUGUCAAUGCCCGGAAUGCCACCGCUGAAGCUGUGACCAACCUAAUGGGCAUGAUAGAGGAUCUGAGGUCCCGCAUUGGUGAGACCACAGACACCCUGAAUCGUCUAGAAGGAGACCUGACAGCAGUUCAGGACAGCAACUAUGAGGCCAGUAAUCAACUCAGUGCACUGGAGCGAGAGGCUAAAGAGCUAAACCUUAGCUCCGAGCAUCUUAACCGCCAGCUUGACGUCCUUAAAAGCUCCAACUUUUUGGGUGCAUACGAUAGUAUCCGGUCCUCCUACAACAAGUCACGUGAUGCAGAGCGACGUGUCAAUCAGUCAACCACCGACACACCAAGUACUGUCAGUCAAUCAGCCGACACCCGCAAGAAGACCGAACGUCUGAUGUCAAUGAAGAGAGAUGACUUUAACCGCAAGAAUGCUGCUAACAAGCGAGCUCUCACUGACCUAAAUGCAAAAGCGAACACUCUGGAUCUGAAGAAAAUUAACGAGAAGGUAUGCGGAGCCCCAGGUGAUGUCCCAUGUUCUGAGAGCUCUUGCGGUGGAGUUGAUUGUCGUGAUAAUGAACGUAGACACUGUGGGGGGCUGAACUGUAACGGAGCUGUUCCUGUGGCUGACAAUGCCCUGGAGAGAUCUAAACACGCUGAGAAAGAGCUUAUCAAAGCUAUGGGAGAAGUGGAGGAUCUCUUUAAGCAGGUGGCAGAUGCAAAGAUGAAGGCUCAGGAGGCCAAGGACAAAGCCCAAGCUGCUCUGGAGAAAGCCAGCGAUACCAAGAGCAAGGUGGACCGAUCCAACAACGACUUGCGUGACCUGAUCAAACAGAUCCGUGCCUUCCUCAUGCAAGAGGGCGCGGACCCUGACAGCAUUGAGACGGUGGCCAAUCAGGUUCUUGAGCUGUCCAUUCCCGCCUCACCCGAGCAAAUCAGACACCUCGCUGACGAGAUCAAGGAGCGCGUCAGGAGCCUGUCCGAUGUGGACGCUAUUCUGGAACGGACCCAGGAUGACGUGCGCAAGGCAGAAAAACUCUUGAUGGAAGCUAAAAAGGCCAAGAAUAAGGCAGACAAGGUGAAAAACACAGCGGAGGGUGUGAAAAAUGCACUGGACGAUGCCCAGAAGGCUCAGGCAGCUGCUGAGAAAGCCAUCCAGAAAGCUAGGGAUGACAUUGGCACGACUGCGAACCGACUGGCACAGAUCCAAUCCGAGACAUCAGCCAAUGAGAAGGACCUGAACGACGCCAUGGACAAGCUGGGUGAUCUGGGACGGCAGAUAGAAGCUUUAAAAGCCAAGCGGGCCAACAACAGCAUGGUUGCAUCUCAAGCUGAAGAGACAGCCACCUCUGCACAAAGCAAGGCUAACGAAGCUAAACAGAUCCUGGACGGUGAACUUUCAGAUAAGUACCGCACUGCUCAAGAUCUGGUUGGCAGGAAGGCGAACGCGGUGCAAGAUGCCAAGAAAAAAGCAGAGCGACUGAGAGAUGAAGCCAAGCAGCUGCUUAAGGACGCACAAGAUAAACUGCACAGACUGGGAGAACUUGAGAAAGACUACGAGGAGAAUCAGAAGGUUUUGGAGGGGAAAGCGAGACAGCUAGAUGGUCUGGAGGAUAAAAUGAAGAUGAUUCUGGAUGCUAUCAACAAGCAAAUCCAAAUCUACAAUACCUGCCAAUAAACUACCAUAUGAAGGCAAUAAAAUGCACUACAGCAUACAAAACUGCAAGCACAUAUAGAGGAUGUGGGACUGACACUACUCAAAUGUUUGAUCAUGUACUUACAGAAGAACGUUUAUUAUUAUUAUUAUUAUUAUUAUUACAGUGUGUUAUUCGGAGCUGCUAUUAUAUUCUGAUAUUGGUUGGCCAACAUGAAACACAGGAGUUAUCACCUAACAGAACAUUUAGAUUUGCCUAGCUGGAUCUGUUUUUAAGGGUUGGAGGUUAAACAACACCUAAAAGGGACUCAAAACCCUCUCAUAUUUUCUCAUACUCUCUCUACUUCUAUACUAAUCAUUUCUGCCUUGAGCCAAGUGUUACCAGAACGACAAUAUAAAGAAGAUAGUAAAGAACAGAAACAAAUAAAAACAAUCUGGGGGUCCGGGGUUCACAUCAUGGAGGUAUUAUUGGCCAAUUGUGGGUCUAGAUAAUAAAGAAAAGAAACGGAGCGUCACGUUGGCUAAGUGGGUAGCACUGUCGCCUCGCAGCAAGAAGGUCAUGGGUUCGAUCCCCAGACGGGGCGGUCCGGGUCCUUUCUGUGCGGAGUUUGCAUGUUCUCCCUGUGUCUGAGUGGGUUUCCUCCGGGUGCUCCGGGUUCCUCCCACAGUCCAAAAACAUGCAGCCAGGCUAAUUGGAGACACUGAAUUGUCCUGUUGUCUGAUAGGAUCCAUGAACCAGUGCAUUGUAGUGCCGAUCCCAAGCCCGGAUAAAUAGGGAGGGUUGUGUCAGGAAGGGCAUCCGGCGUAAAAACUGUGCUGAAUCAAUAAUGCGGAUCACGAUCCGCCGGCGACCACUAACGGGAGCAGCCGAGGAAAUAGAUAGAGUGAAGAAAAGAAACUAAUAAAAACGACAUAUUAUGAGGAUUACUAUCUGAAGUACUGCCAGUACUUCCCUUGCUGAUGCUCAGUGUUACAACGUGGUUUAUUUAUUUCUCUGCUUGGUCAGCUGACCAUGAGCUUGUUGGACAUCCCACUUCAAAACCAUAGGCCCUUUCGGUACUACACCAGUAGCCUUCACCCUACACAAAGGGCUUUCCAAGAUUCCGGAAAGUGUUUAAUAGAGCUAAGUAAGUAAGUAAGUAAGUAAUUUAUAAAGCACAUUUACAUCCAAAGUGCUGUACAUGUUGAAACAUAAAACACAUAUAUAAAAAGCAACACAAAGUUUAAAACAGUAGAACAACAGAAAACGCAGACCAUGACUACUGAAGCUUCUCCAAAACAAACUUGUCCAACCAUGUCUCUGUGGACCUCUUUUUGUGCAAAUGGGACCCCAAACCAAACUGUUGCUGCAAAUGUGAAAUCGUGGAAUUAAAGAUAUAAUUGAUUGGCGAUUUGUGUGGCUGAAACACUUUAACUGAAUAAUUAGAAGGGGUGUCCAUAUGUUUUUGCCAAUUUUGGGCAUCUAAGCUGCGCAUUAAACUGGACAAAUAUAAUCCGUUUGUAGGUAAACAGAUUAUAUCACAGUACAGAUCACAAAUCCACAACUCAUUUGUAUUUUUGUAAAUACAGUCUGGUGUAUCUUGGUGAAAAUAUCAUACAAUAAAAUGUCAGGUAUGUCAUGGCAGUCUCUCAAUUUCAAUUAUUCCUUCAAACGUUCUUAUUUGUGACAAUAACUGGAACACAGAUACAUUUUUCAUUUUCAUUUCAUUAUGUUUUACCACUGCUUUAUCUUGGUCAGAGUAGGGGUGGGUUUGGUUUCCCCAGGGCAAUGAGGUAACCCACCCUAGACAGGACACCAAUCCAUUGUGGGGCCUUGGCUAUCCCCCCUGAGACAUAGCCAUAUAUGUGUGUGUUUUGUUUGUUUAUUAGAAUGUUAACGUCACGUUGUACACUGGUUACAUUCAUGACAGGACAGGUAGUCACAGAUUACACAUGAUUCAGUUCAAGUUCAAUGUCAAACACACUCCGGGCAAUUUUGUAUCUCCAAUUCACCUCACUUGCACUUGCAACUUCACACAGAAAGGAUUUGGACUGCUCCACCUGGGAAACGACACCAGGACCCUCUUGCUGUGAGGCGACUGCACUACCCACCAUCCAUCUCAACCAGCCAGCAAAGGCCUCAUUUGCUGCAGCAAUAUGGAACCCAGUCAAACUUCCUGUGCUUGUCGGACACCCUGGCCAGGUUAACCUAGAACUUGAGGUCUCAUUGAUGGUGGGCUUGUGCAUUAGAUUGUUGCACCAACCAGGCACAUAACUGUUUGUUUUUAUAGAAAAUGCAUUUAAUACAACUAUGGAAUUAGAUGCUCCUGUAUAUGUAUUUCAGACAUCCCAAGUCUCCCGCAUAUACAUAGCGGCUCCCUGAUGCCCGCAAGUCAGAUAAAAUCUCCCGGAAUCUAGAACGAGCGGCCAAGAGCGCACACAAACACACGCGCACGCGUAUUAAAUUUGUUAUCUGAUAUACAAUCUAGCACACUGUGUAGGGAACAUAAAUCAAUUGUCUAAUAUACUGUCUAGUGCACUAUGUAGGGAACAUAAAUCCGUUAUCUGAUAUACAAUUUAAUGCACUAUGUAGGGAACAUAAUUAAUUAUGUAAUACACUAUCUAGUGCACUAUGUAAGAAACACAAAUCAUCAUCGUUAUAUCUUCUAGUGCACUAUGUAGUGAACAUGAAUGUGUUAUCUAAUACACUAUCUAGUGCACUAUGUAAGAAACACAAAUCAUUAUCUAGUUAUACUUUCUAGUGCACUAUGUAGGGAACAUAAAUCUAUGAUCGAAUAUACAAUCUAGUGCACUAUGUAGGGAACAUAAUUAAUUAUGUAAUACACUAUCUAGUGCACUAUGUAAGAAACACAAAUCAUUAUCUAGUUAUACUUUCUAGUGCACUAUGUAGUGAACAUGAAUGUGUUAUCUAAUACACUAUCUAGUGCACUGUGUAAGAAACAAAUCAUUAUCUAGUUAUACUUUCUAGUGCACUAUGUAGGGAACAUAAAUCUAUGAUCGAAUAUACAAUCUAGUGCACUAUGUAGGGAACAUAAUUAUGUAAUACACUAUCUAGUGCACUAUGUAAGAAACACAAAUCAUCAUCUAGUUAUACUUUCUAGUGCACUAUGUAGUGAACAUGAAUGCGUUAUCUAAUACACUAUCUAGUGCACUAUGUAGGGAACAUAAAUCUGUGAUCUGAUAUACAAUCUAGUGGACUGUGUAGGGAACAUAAACCAAUUGUCUAAUUCACUAUCUAGUGCACUACGUAGGAAACAUAAAUUCAUAUCUAAAAUACUAUCUAGUGCACUAUGUAGGGAACCUAAAUCCAUGAACUAAUACGCUAUCUAAAGCAAUAUGUAAAAAACAUAAGUCUAUUAUCUAGUACACUAGUGCACUAAGUAAGGAACAUAAAUUAUUUUCUAAUAUACAAUCUAGUGCACUAUGUAGGGAACAUAAAUCUAUUAUCUUUCACACUAUUUAGUGCACUAUGUAGUACACAGUAAUGUGUUUGUGACGCAAACAGUUCGCUUAGUAGCUCAGUUAGCAGCGCCUAAAAGUUCUGUUAUCAUCCAUAUCCUUUGGUGUGUGCGAGAGGUUUUUCAGCUUUUUUUUGGGCUUGGGGGGUCGGGGUCGAGGUCCGGGGGUACCUCCCUGAAAUGAGUUUUUGCAACUUGGGAUGUCUGGUAUUUUAUUGUGAGGAGAAUCCCUUGUCUUGAAGAAAUCACCUGAAAUAGUAAUGUCAUUUAUUGCACUGGUCCUUGUCUGCUUAGCACUGUAUGGAAUGUGCAGAUGAAAAACAUCAUUUUUAUUUGUGAUGCUGUGGUACGCCAAUAAACACUUUUUUGUUUGUCA